AUGGCCGCUGCAAGACGUUUGUUGUUGCUGACCUUUGUUUUGGCGUGGUGUUGGUGUGGUGGCUUGCUUGGUUUGGAGACUUCGACACCAGGAGUCGACGAAUCUUGGGAAACAAAAACCACCACAGCGUCUCCAGGAGUGGCCGGAUGGAACGACAGGGUGGACUACAAGAACUUGACCAACGCUGUCCGUGACAUAAUCGCAGCCAUGACACCCAUGGCCGAUUGUACUUUGGCCAUACACGAAGGGGCGGCCGAAGGGGAUUUCCCGGGUAACGUCGUCAAGUCUUUACACGGCAAAGCAGUGACGACUACACACUACGGCUUGUCUACACCAGACCACGUGCAAUUGGUAUUAACGGAUAUCGGUCGGGUGGUCAACAAUGGUCAUCAAAUGGCUUAUGUGGUGCUAUCCACGCCGGAACUGAUGGAAACGCUCAUUUCUUCGAUCCGAAAAAGAGACCUGAUGUCCCGGAACGUUGUGUACAUGUUCUUGUGGUUGCAACACGCCAGCAAAGCGUUCUACACGGCCAUAACCGAAUCGAUGAGAGUGUGCAUCAUCACCACUCCUAGACCGGGAUUUUAUCAGAUCUAUUACAACCAAGCGAGCGCCACCGGUCGUCGGACCGAUCUGAAAAUGGUCAACUGGUGGUCGGCCACGGACGGGCUGGUCAGGUUUCCGCUUUUGCCCAAAACCAAACGAGUGUACAACGACUUCGAAGGCCGUCGGUUCGUCGUUCCCGUGUUGCACAAACCACCGUGGACGUUCGUGGAGUACAUGAACGACAGCAGUUUUCGCGUGGAAGGCGGACGGGACGACAAGCUGAUCAGAUUGCUAGCCGACAAGCUCAACUUUAGAUACAUGUACAUGGACCCGCCGGACAGGACCCAGGGUUCUGGUCUGGACGGCGGAGGGUCGCCGUCCGUGCAAGGAGUGUUGGGAUUGAUCUGGCAGAGGGAAGCAGACUGGUUUGUGGGCGACCUGUCUAUAACGUACGAACGCAAUCUGGUCGUGGACUUUUCGUUUCUCACUUUGGUCGACAACGAAGCGUUCCUGACUCACGCUCCGGGCCGUCUCAACGAGGCUUUUUCCUUGAUCAGACCGUUCCACUGGUCGGUGUGGCCGUUAUUGUUGGUGACCGUCGUGCUGGCCGGACCUAUCCUCUUCUUGCUUAUCAACUCCACGGUGGACAACGAGGGCCAUUGGUCGGCGACGUUGUUCUGGCAAUGCGCCUGGUGGUCGGUCACCGUGUUCUUGCAGCAAGCCGCAGUGGUUCCCUCGGACAGUUGCAAAAUCAGAUUCGUUGCCGGUUUGCUAAUACUGUCGGCCACUUAUGUUAUUGGUGACAUAUACUCGGCCAGCCUGACGUCGAUUUUGGCCAGACCGCCAAAAGAGUCUCCCAUCAACACUCUGGACGAGUUGUCCAAGGCUAUGCACGAUUCGGGAUUGCAAUUGCUGGUGGAAGUCCAGAGCGCUUCGCAAGCAAUGCUGGAGAACGGCACUGGCGUGUACGAGACACUGUCCAAACUGGUGCAGCGCCAAAGGGAAUACCUAAUAGGAUCCACAGAGAAAGGAAUGCAACUGGUCCGAGAUAACAAAAACUACGCGGUGAUAGGAGGUCGGGAGACAUUCUAUUAUGACAUUAAACGAUUUGGAGUCCAACAUUUUCAUUUGAGCGAAAAGUUAAACACAAGAUACUCGGCUAUAGCUUUCCAACGGGCGUGCCCGUACAUAGAAAACUUUGACGACGUGCUGAUGAGAUUGUUCGAGGGAGGUAUUUUGUCGAAAAUCACAGAGGAAGAAUAUCAAAAACUCAACGACCAGCUCAUGUCGACCACGGCCAAAGAGACUGCCGCUGAACCCGUGCUGGAAGGAUCGGCGGCCGAAAUUUUGGAAAAAGACGACGACGACCACAAAAUAGCCAUGUCCAUGAAAACGCUGCAAGGGGCAUUUUACUUGUUGGCUAUUGGCUCCAUGGUGGCUGGAUUUUUACUUUUGGUGGAAAUAAGAUCGGCAAAGGCCGGCCUGACAAAGAAACAAACGUUCCACGACGAGAGGAUGAAAAAUUACAAUAAACUAGAAGUAAUUUAUGAACAAAAUCAUCAACGAGUAAACAAAUAAAAAAAAAUAUGUCAA